UCCCGCGGGAAGGGGGAUGCCCUCGCCGGCCAACACCCCGGAGGGGAAGAAGACCAGGCCGCAACGGAGGCAGGAGCCGGACAUCUCCCAGCGCAGCCCCCGGGCCCUGAGGCCGCUUGGCCCGACCACGGGACAGUGACCCGGCUGAGGACCCCCGGGUCCCCGGAGCCCCGACCCCCAUCCCUGGACCCCUCCGCCCAGGGACCCCCUUCUCCCUCUCCGCCUCUCUCUUUCUCUCCGUCUCCCUUUCCUUUCGCCCCAGAGAGCUUGGCCGUUUCCAUCUGGGGGAAGAGAAGGGGGAUCCAGGGGAUGGGGAGCCCCAUCCUUUAGGUCUGGGGAAGGACAGGGGAGAUCGGGAUCCUGGGUGGUCCUAAGGGGCGAUGGGGCCCGUCGCCUAGUUACCCGGAGGGGCGGGAGCUCUGGGAGAUGCCACUGGGGUCCCCGGAUUCCCCCGGGAGCCGGACCCCUUAAGGCCCUCCCGUCCCCUUUGGGCGUUUUGGGGUGCCAGGGCCCGGAGCGACAGGGGCCCGCUGGAUCUGGGAGGUUGGGCCUUUGGGGAGAAGAUGUCCAUGGUGCUGUUGUGAAGCUGAGGCAUGGCUGCUGGAAGGUUCCUGCUCUACACCGGCCUCUCGUUAGCUCUGUGUGCCUUGGGCAUGCUGGCCGCGGCCAUCUGCUCGGACCACUGGUAUGAGACUGACGCCAGGAGACACCGGGACAGGUGCCAAGCCUUCACCACCCGCCGGGUCGACCCCGGCUUCAUCUACAACAACAACAAUAACUUGCCUCUCAGGGCCAGCCGGGCCCGGCUGGACCGCUGGGAGGGGAAGCUGCUCCUCGCCCGGAACAGGAGGCAGCUCUUCGCCAUGAGUGCCGUGGACGAAUGCAAUCGGCAGUACAAUUCCACCAACAUGGGGCUCUGGAGGAAAUGCCACCGGCUAGGGUUCGACCCGGAGAUCACGGCCCUCAUCGAGAAAGGAGAAAUCGAGCGAUGCACUUACAUCAAGUACCACUACUCCUCAGCGACCAUCCCUAAGAACCUCACCUACAACAUCACCAAGACCAUCCGCCAGGACGAGUGGCACGCCUUGCACCUGCGUAGAAUGACCGCUGGCUUCAUGGGCAUGGCCGUGGCCAUCAUCCUCUUCGGCUGGAUUAUUGGGGUGCUGGGCUGCUGCUGGGACCGAGGCCUUAUGCAGUAUGUGGCGGGGCUUCUCUUCCUCAUGGGAGGAACGUUCUGCAUCAUUUCACUGUGCACGUGUGUGGCCGGAAUCAACUUCGAGCUGUCACGCUACCCUCGCUACCUGUACGGACUCCCGGAUGACAUCAGCCACGGCUACGGCUGGUCCAUGUUCUGCGCCUGGGGGGGCCUGGGGCUCACCCUCAUCUCGGGCUUCUUCUGCACCUUGGCCCCCUCUGUCCAACCUGUCCCCAGGACCAACUGUCCGAAAUCCAGACCGGAGAAUGGGACAGUAUGCUAAAACCACACAAACCA